AUGAAGCAAUGGCCCCAUUGGCGUGGCACUCGCCUCCCGCGCUCCCUGCUGAGCCUACAGCCAUCAACCUCGCGGGUCUUUAGCACCGCAAAACCGCUCCGUCACGAUCCUCGCAUUCGAGACCUUGGGCGACUUAUACACGAUGACUACGCUACUAUCCGCGAGACCUACGCUACGCCAAAGUAUCCCAUUGUCCUGGCUCACGGCCUAUUCGGCUUCUCCGAGCUCAGAGUCUCGCCACUUCUACCCACGAUCGAGUACUGGAACGGCAUCAAGCAGGCCCUCACGGCAAACAACUGCACCGUCAUCACCGCCACCGUCCCGCCCUCCGGCUCAAUCGAGGAGCGCGCCGCCAAGCUCGCCACUGACAUCCUCGCGCAAACAACCGCCGCCUCCCUCCCCUCCGCCCAGGACGUAGACGGCCAUGCGACGCCGCCCGCCGUCAACAUCAUCGCCCACAGCAUGGGAGGGCUAGACGCCCGAUACAUGAUCUCCCUGCUGCGCCCGUCGGGCAUCAGGAUCGCCUCGCUCGUGACGAUUGCCACGCCGCAUCGCGGGAGCAGCUUUGCGGAUUACCUGGUCGAGCGCGGCGCCGGGCCGCUCCACCUGCCGCGGCUGUACGGCGUGAUCCGGCGCGCUGGCCUGGGCACCUCUGCGUUCGGGCAGCUCACGACGCGGUACAUGCGGGAGGAGUUCAACCCGCGGGUGCGCGACGACGAGGCGGUGCGCUACUUUUCGUACGGCGCGGCGAUUGACGAGCCGUCGCUGCUGGGGGCCUUUCGGCUGCCUCAUGGGGUUGUGGAUAAGAGGGAGGGGGAGAAUGACGGGCUGGUGAGUGUCAAGAGCAGUCGCUGGGGGAUGUACAAGGGGACGCUGAUGGGGGUUAGCCAUUUGGAUUUGAUCAAUUGGUCGAAUCGCGCGAGGUGGACGGUGAGGGAGUGGAUGGGUAUGAGGAGGACGUUUAAUGCUGUGGCGUUUUACCUUGAUGUGGCCGACAUGUUGGCCAAGGAAGGAUUGUGA